CAACCCGGAUGUAAAAUUUACGCCCUUUCUCUUCCAUUUUAUUGCCUGUGCCAUCAAAACAUGAUCUCUACACAUUAGCAGACUUUGAAAGAAAAGCGAUCGGCUGCUGAGCGGCACUGCUGACUGACCCGGGUCAGUCCGGGCUGGGCGAACCCGAUCGCUAAUUCAGGUUGACACUGGAGUGCCAGGAAGCGAAUUUCGUCGUCUGGCAGCUCACUGCCCACCAGGACAAACAAAGCGAGCAACACAAACCCGCGAGUGACAGUCGGGGUGCUUCGGCGAUGUGUCUCGGGAUAACUCGAGAGCCUUUAUGCGAAUGCCAAGGCUAGGUGACCCUGCAAAUGGAUUUCAGGGGUAAGAAGUACGAACGGGGCAGCAACUGGUCGGACCCGGAGGUGGUGGAGCUGCUGCAGCUCUGGGCGAACGACUCGGUGCAGAUGGAACUGGAGAGCUGCCUACGGAACCAGCACGUGUUUAAUCGCAUCGCUGAGGUGCUGCGAGAAAAGGGCAUCCACCGCACCGGGGACCAGUGCCGGGAGAAAAUCAAGAAGAUGAAGCUCGAGUACCGGCGCAUCAAAGACAACCAGAAAAUCGUGCGGGGCGGGCGCGCGUGGAAGUUUUACGAGGUGAUGGACCGGGUUCUCACCAACCGCCCGUCGCUGUCUUACGGCUCCCUCGGGGGCAGUGUGAUCGCCCAGCAGGUCCUGCAGGGCGCCGUGGGCAUGGAGGGCUACCACCUGCACGCUCCACACCUCUCUGCCUUUGGCUCACCACCGUCUGGCGCGUUCAUUUUUGGACACCCCCCGAAAGCCGGCGAGAUGACGGAGAUCAAGUGCGAGGAAAUUGACUCGGAUGAGCCGGGCCUAACCCCUGAGCCGCCGCCCGAGCUCAUGUACCACGUCGGCUCCGGAGACGAACCCGAGGGUGUCAGAGAGCUCGAGCUUGAGCAGCAGGACAUGUCCGCAGCGGGAAUACGAGAGGACGGCGCAGCGGACGUCGGGAUCUCACCCACAGGUUUUAGUGAGAGGAAUGUGGCAUGCUUAUCUGGGGCAGGACCUGCAGGUGGCACCGGUGCCCCACCAGGCUCAUCCCUAGGAACGAUCCCACGGCUUCGCAAGCGCCGGAAAGCAGGCCGGCCGAGGGAGAGUCUGGACGAAGCUCUAGUGCGCUUCCUCAGCUCGCAGCGGGCAGCCGAAGAACGGUUCUUGGCUUUGGAAGAGUGUCGCCUCCAACGGGAGGCGGAGGCUGAGGAGCGGCGGGCCCAGCUGGAUCAGCGGCGGGCUGAGAUGGAGCGGCAGCACGAAUUCCGCAUGUUCAGUGUCUUUGCUCACAUGGUGAGUGCACUCCGGCCCGACUCUAGCUCUGUGUCGUCGCCUCACUUUGGUCGAGCCAGGAGGGAGGAAGAGGACGUUGCGGGACACAGCUGGGCUGGAGCUGAUAGCCAGAAGCCGAGUCCGUACUUGUCGAGACGUGGAAACCUGCUCCGUGACUAUGAAGACAUUCUUCAGGAAGGCUUCGUCAUGUAUAGCAAAGACAAGCAUGAUGAGGACAAGAACCCCACCGGUAUUAUUAACUUGGGAACCAGUGAGAACAAGCUGUGCUUUGACCUGCUGUCUAAACGGUUAACACAGUCGGAUAUGUUCCAGAUUGACCCUCCGUUGCUUCAGUAUGGAGACUGGAAAGGGCACAGUUUCCUUCGAGAAGAGGUCGCCAGGUUCCUAUCCUACUAUUGCAAGGCACCCAGCCCUCUAAAGGUGGAAAAUGUGGUGGUGCUGAAUGGCUGCACGUCUACAUUCAGUGCUGUUGCUGCUGUCAUCUGUGAUCCUGAAGAUGCAAUUCUUAUUCCGACACCAGCUUAUGGGGCGAUUGCUCGUGACGUUUUCCUGUACAGCAAUGUCAGGACGGUCCACGUCCAUCUUGAGAGUGAGAUGAGUGCUACUGAUGAACGGCCAUUUCAGUUAACGGUAGAAAAGAUGGAGAAAGCUUUAGAGGAAGCUACACUGGAGGGCAUCCAUGUCAAAGCUGUAGUCUUCAUAAACCCCCAUAAUCCCCUGGGAGAAAUCUACACCCAAGCAGAGAUGAUGCAGUUCCUUGAGUUUGCAAAGAGACAUAAACUUCAUGUCUUUGUGGAUGAGAUUUAUAUGCUGUCUGUAUUUGACGAGGAUGCCACCUUUCACAGUGUAUUAAGCUUCAACAAACUUCCUGACCCACAGCGGACUCAUGUGAUGUGGGGAAUGACAAAGGAUUUUGCUGUUUGUGGCAUGCGCGUUGGCUGUCUUUAUACAGAAAACCAAGAUGUGAUUGGAGCUAUGGAGCCAUUAGCUGUCUUUCAUGGGAUUCCUGGUACCACUCAGCAUCAGGCAGCCCAGCUACUUCAUGACAGAGAUUGGAUCAAUCAGGUCUACCUGCCGACUAACCGCGGCCGACUGAAAGCAGCACAUCAGUACGUCGUAAAUGAGCUGAAGGCACUUGACAUCCCAUUCCUCGAUCGCCCAGCUGGAUUCUUCAUUUGGACAGAUUUUCGAAAGUUUCUCAAAGAAGAAACACCCGAAGAGGAGAUUGCUUUGUGGCGCCAUUUUCUAAAUAACAAGAUUUUGCUCAGCUGUGGAAAAGCCUUUGACUGCUGCCAGCCAGGAUGGUUCCGAGUUGUAUUUGCGGACAAGACCUACCGUCUUCAGUUAGGAAUGCAGAGGCUUCGGAAAGCCUUGGAGGAAUUGAGGAAAAACGAUCUAACCAAAGAUCUAAAGAAGAAGAAUAAUCAGACAGAAGACCCAAAGAGAAGCAGGCAGAGCGACGGUAGACUGAAGUCAGGCACGUCCGAGGACAGGAGUUGGCUGAGCCCGCCGGAGGACACAAAACAAACUGUACUUGCCAGCUUUGACCACAUACUCGGUAGCGGUGUAGACGACAUCAUGCAGGUGUCCUGCCAAUCCCAGCCAACAUCAUCAGGAUUAGACAAUCUGAUUGAAAUUCUGAAGCAGCAAAUGCGCUCUUCAGAUUGGCUCCAAAAGAACACACCGGAAUUGUUUGCCCAGGAAAACCCGGAAGUGUUUGACGUGUAUGUUAAACUACGGGAAAAGCCAAAAGAUGAAGAUUUAGAAGCGAAAGGUGUGCCAUAACAGCAAACAUUUUUAUUACCUGUACCAGCAUCAUUUAAUUGUUUAUCUAUAAUGGACCUCAUUUUUAUUCCUUUAAGAAACACUAAUAUGACAAUUUUAUAUCAUUUUAUUAAAAGAUUAUAGUUUUCAGUGUCUUCAACUGGAAUGAACAGCAGCAAUAAAUCAAGAAGCGGAACAAACCAAAUUCUGUCGUAAAACAAAAUUCCUUAAAAUGCGAGCAAGCAAAUGUUGCAUUUUAGUGAGCUCUCAUUUCAAAUGUUAAGCGAAUAUCAAUAAAUUUCAUUUAUUUCUGUUUUACUUUUAA